AUGACACAUCUGCUCAGUGGAAGGCCCCAGGUUAGUAGUGGAGAUGCUAAGGAGGCAUGGGGAGACCAGGUGGACUGGAGUAGAUUGUUGAGAGAUGCUGGUGUGGUGAAGAUGUCCAGGAAACCACGAGCCUCCAGCCCAUUGUCCAAAAACCACCCGCCAACACCAAAGAGGUUCCCAAGACAACGCGGAAGGGAAAAGGGACCCGCCAAGGAAGUUCCAGGAACAAAAGUCUCUCCCUGAAAGACCACCAUUUCAAAAAACCCUGAGGAAUGGAGUGGGCCACCACUGUCCAGCCACUCUGACCAGCCAAACGAGGAACUCAAUCAAAAUGAGCCACAGCAGGACCACAAGGACAUGGAGACUUCCACCGUCUCCAGCAACUCCUUGGGCAACCAGUAAUUCCUGGGCAAGGCCAGAGACCUCAAGUCUAUCUGUAAAGUCUCCAGAGGUCUAACCGCAAAUAAGUAGCCAACAGGGUGUAGAGUACAUUUUACACCCCACAGGGUAUGCCCCAUGGUGAUGGAAAUAAAAUGAACAUGUUGUAAAAUGA